AUGAAUGGGGAACUGAGCAUCAAAAAAGAGGUUGCUGUGUUGACAAGUUCUCGACACCCAAAUAUUGUCCGACUCUGGGAAGUUGUCGACGACCCUAGUUAUGACCGUGUUUUUCUUGUAUUGGAAUAUUUGGCAGGGGGCGAGAUCCAGUGGAGAAAUGAGAACGAAAAUUCACCUAUCCUUACAGUGGAACAGUCUAAACGAAUCUUUAGGGAUGCCACACUGGGACUACAAUAUCUUCAUCACUUGGGUAUUAUCCAUCGCGAUAUAAAACCGGCUAAUCUAGUUUGGUCCUUUGACCAAAGCACAGUCAAAAUCAUUGAUUAUGGGAUAUCGCAUCGCAACGAAGAAAAUUUGAAGCGUCCUGCUUCAGCUUCAUGCUAUAGAGAGAAGACUAUCUCCAAGCCAAAUCCGACAUUAUUCACGACUGAAGAAUUGACGAAACAACGCGGAACAGGAUAUUUCAUGGCCCCAGAGGUCGCCUGGACUCCACCUGAUACUACUUUGAGUUCUCCCUCCAUUGACACACUUUCCUCGACGAUGCACACGGAUGUUUUCCAGAUUCCAGUCAAACGUCCAGCCAUAACCAAGGCUAUCGAUGUCUGGUCCCUUGGUGUGACCUUGUACUGUCUUCUUUUCGGAAAGUUCCCAUUCCAGAUUCCGUCUGAUGGAAAUGACAAUUACUAUCACACAAAGUAUAUGCUCUUUCGGGAGAUCUGCACGCAAGACUGGACAGUUCCAGACACCAUGGGGUCGGAUUCUUUACCUACUGGAGGCAGAGCGGCGACGAAUCAUGAUGAAGUGAUCGCUUUGCUAGAUUCCAUGCUGCGAAAGGACCCUAAUUCGCGUAUUGCCAUAGAUUGUGUGAAGGUUAGUGGUUCGUAA